UGAACAUCAAAAAGGAAUUAAUAAAUAAUAAAAAGUUAGUUACAAUUUUAGUGAAUGGUUCUUGCAAAUAAUAGUAUUUUGUGGUUGAAAUGAUUUGAUCGCCGGCAGGAACUAAUCAACUUUUUUGCCAAAACCAAAGCAGACGGGAAUGAAAAAUAGUUGUUCAUUAACGAUUUGUCCGAAAUAUCGUUCUUGAAACUCGCUACUGCUCACUAAAUUUGUAAAAAUCAAAUUUUUUCACUUAAUUGUUAUAUUUCUUCAUUGUGGUAAAUUUCCACAGCAGCUGGCUGUCAAACCGAAACCAAAAAAGAUACCAGAACAUUCAGGGCGCAAUCUUUUUCUAUGAUUAUUGUACUGGGGCCCUAUUCUAUAACUCGAUUCGAAAAUAAAUUUGCUCGAAUUCGGAUUUUUUGUACUUGGUAACUCUAUUUUCGCAUUUGCAAUUCUAAUUUCGAAAACUGGCAACUAUGUAACUCGAAUUUGAAUGACAAAUUCAUUCGAUCUUCGCAAAUAAUACUCGUUAGCGUUUGAGCUGUAGAAACGGAAUACUAUUUGAAAAAUGGAUUCAUCCAGCAAAAGCCAGCAUACAAAACAAAGCCAAUUUGGAAUUAUGGUGGAAUUCAUGGAAUCGCAUCCAAGUUUGGCCAAAGGCUACAUAAAGUGCGCUGAUGCUAAGCAAACUUCCAAGAAUUUGUGGGGACGGCUGACGGAAGAGUUAAAUGGAGAUGGACCACCUACGCGGGAUGCAUCUUCAUGGAAAAAGGUUUGGGCGGAUUACAAGACCCACCUCAAAGCCAAAGUUCGCAAAAAUAAGUUGCACAUGUCCGGAACUGGUGGUGGCCCUGCAAAAAUUAGUUCCCUUAAUUCGGUGGAGUUAAGGGCAAUGGAGUUGUUGCAAAUAAAUGAAGCAGUAGAUGGAAUAGCCGGUGCUCAAAAAUUCGGUGCAGGAAGUGAAGCCACAAACAGCAACGAAUGUGAAACUGCUCCAACCACUCCUCCUUCCUAUUCCCUGGUGUCACCCAAUUGCAGUACGGUGCGGUCCCGAACUCAAAGCAAAAGCAAUCUUUUGAAGAUGCAAGUGGAUGGGCAAAAAAAUUCUACAAAGAUUGUACUCGCAUUUUAAAAGACGUCAAUUACAAUUUAAAAUCAAUAGCAAAAACAAAUAAGAAAUCUGUGGAACAAAUGGAAGAGAGAAUAGAAAUAGAGAGACAAAAACUUAAAUUCGCAAAAUUAAAACAUGAAUACAAAGUAAAAAGCGACAUGGAGAGAAACAAAAUUAGAAUUUCAAAACUUAGACUGAAGCAACAGCUGCUAGAUGUUAAUACACGUAGAGAUUAAUAUACAUACAUAUCAAAUAUUUGCCUUGUAAGUACAUAUGUACACUUGAAGAAAAUUUUUAUGUUUAUUU